GAUAAUGCAGGAACAGGUGCAAACUGUAGCAGAGUAGGGGUACCUCGACUGCGCAAACGCAUAAUAAGCGCGUGUCCUUAUAAUCGCCGCGGUUUUACAAAUUUUUUGCAGUUAUCAGUGGUUUUACAGUGCACCAUGAUGACUUUUACCUGUGCAUAUCUGCUUUAGAUUAAACUUUUUAGCUGGUAAUAACGGUAUGUGUUGCGACCGUGUUCAUCCAAGAUUUCGCCUUCAUAAACAUCAGAAGAUUAAGAACAAUCGUGUAAUCAUAUAACACCAAAGAAAGCAGGGAACAUAAAAUUUGGAUAAUCUGCAUCGUUAUAAACAGGAAAAAUCUGUGAGAUAAAAAAUCCAAGCAUUCACUUUCCGCACAGUGGAAUACAAGAAUUUUCAAAUCGAUUCUAUACUCAUCACUCAAAUGAACAUUUGGAGAAAAUUGUUUGACAAGUACCUAUUGGCCACAAAUACAGUGAGCUGUGGUUUGAUGAUGGCUGCAGCAGAUAUGAUUCAACAACGCAGCGAACACUUGAAAAAGAGUAAUAAGUAUCUGCCAAAGGAAACUUCUGCGGUGGCUGUAUCUUCACAAGAACAACAGCAACAGUUCGAUGACGCUGCCGACUCAGACAAGUAUGUGCACGAUUUUAUUAGAACUAAAAAUAUGACGGCCGUGGGUCUGGUUCAAGGCCCAUUUCAUCAUUGGUUCUACAUGGUUUUGGAUAAAGUAAUACCUGGUAGAACCGCAUUGUCCGUUAUUAAAAAAACGUGUUUGGAUCAGUCAAUCGCCAGCCCUACUUGCUUAGGCAUAUUUUUUAUUGGACUUGGCGUGUUGGAGCGUCGGAAAAUCGAAGAAAUUUAUGAAGAAUUGAAAAUAAAAUUGUAUGAUACGUGGAAGGUGGACUGUUGUUUUUGGCCUCCAACACAGUGUAUCAAUUUCUUUUUUAUACCCUUCCGGUAUAGAGUUCUGUACACGAAUUUUAUGACAAUGAUCUACGAUAUUUUCUUGUCAUACAUGAAAUAUGUAAGUGCCUGCAUUCUCGACAAUUAUUUUUAGAAUAUACGUUGACGAUUGUUUCCUUUACAGGAUCACCAGUAUCAGUAAUGUGAAAUCUCAAGACUAGUCUGUGUCCGUUUAGUGCCCCUUAUUUCACUUUCAAUCGCGCAUAAUCAAUAACUUACAAAAAGUGUGAGAAACAAAAUGUUUUGUUACUCCAUAAUUAUUAUUUGUGUUAUUCAAUUUCGUUAUCGCGUUUCGAAACCUUUAUUGUGCUUCACAGUUCGGUACAUCUAACUGAUAGGAUUAAGCGUCUGUGUGAUUAGCGUUGUGUGCAAUAGAACGAAAACGAUAUUUUCAUUAAUAAAUCGUUGAAACGUGUUAGCUCUGGAGAAUCUAUUAUUGGAAAAAUAUUUUUACAGGUAAAUUAAUAUUUAAAGUUUAUAUUAUUAAUUAACAUUUAAAUAUUAAAUAUUAACGCGAAACAAAGUUUUGAAAAAUAUUUUCAGAAAUACAUUAAUAUUUGAACUAUUAAUAUUUAAAUCUUACUAAUAUAUUUGUAAAUUAAUAUUUGAACUAUAUUUCAUACUUUAAACGCUGAUUUGUUUAUAUAAAAAUACUAGGCUUAUAAAGGCUUAUAAAAGGAAAUGCAAUAGGUGUACGACCACGUUUGACGCUAAAACAAAACAGUCUAAAGUAAUUAUUUUCAAUAUGGUAUUUGUUAGAAGAAAACAUAGAAGUCAAGAGUAUUUUUACUUGAUCUGAGUAUGAAUACCGGAGAAACAUACGUUUUGCAAUAUAAUGAAAAAUAUUGAUCUUUUCGUUCUUGUUCGCUCGAAGUACAAAACUUUGGAACAUUAUCAGCACACGUUUGUUUUGACGCUGCCGCGUAUUAUAGUUGGCGUCAAAGUUUCGAAAUUUAUCGGUCUCGUGAAUCCAAAUGAUCUUUAUCAAUACUGUUUUAUCAACAUGUCUAUAUGCAACCUCGUGUCUGAUGCAUCCAAAUGGAAUUUUUAAUCGCUUUCUUAUCAUAUGUGACAACCAUCCAUCGAACGGAAAUUGUUUAUUAGGGUUGAUAGCUUUUGUUUGGCUUUCGGCGGCGGCGGGAUUACGUGUUCUAAGCUUCCAGUCGCCAACGAGUAAACAGCGAUUGUUAAAUGUAAAUACAAAUAGUAAACUGUGUAAAACAAUAAGCAAGAUACCUUGCACACAUUCCUACAUUGGAACUUCCAUAAGGGAAAUUAAAACAUUUGUACAUGUACUCAAUACGUAUUAGAAAAUUGGAAUGUUGAGUAUUAAAGUGAAAGUAGUGCAAUCUGUAAUUAGAAUUAAAAUGUAAUUGAUGAUAGCAAUGGUCCUAUCAAUCAUGCUUGCAUUAAUACUUGGAUUUAUCAUUUUUAAUGCAAAUGACUCAUUUUUUAUUCGUAUAGAAAAAGAUUUUCCUCUUUCAAUAAAAAUUCCAUUUUACAUGUGACGCAAUAAUUGGAACAUUAUUAUAGAAAUUGACAGUUCAAAAUAAACGUGUUUAAAUAAUAAUACAAAUUUCAUGGAGCAUAUUACAUGAGUAAAAACUAUGGAAAUAACACAUCUUAUAUAAAUAACAGAAAUUUAAUGAACAUUUGUUUUAUUUAAUUUUUUAAGAUUUGAUUGUUUAGGAAAUGGAGGGAGAUCCAACAUUCGAGCAAUGCCAAGGUACACUAACCCUGGAACAUAUAAUUAAUGUGACAAUUUAAAAUUUGAUCAAAAUAAAAUGAUGCUCGAGCCUAAUUGAAAUUUAAUUAAAAUUUUAAGUAUGCUGCACAUUAAAGUCUUACUGCUAUCAACCGUUAAGUUACAUUCUAGACAAUUUUAGUCUUAAUUAAAUUUCUUUGUUUAAAUGUGAAAAAAUGAAUUACCAAAUCCAAUUGAUUGUAUUAUAAAUUUUCCAUAAUUUCUUUGGACCAUAUCCCUUGCACAGUGCCCCAUGUACAAACCACACAUAGUAAAACAUAUACCACCAAUCAUUUUACAUUCUAUACAGUCUGUGUUUUGAAUGUUGUUUACUAUGCUUCUGUCGUUUUCCAUUUUUAGUUAAAAUUGUGUAACCCGAUAUUCACAAAAUAUUUACAGAAGAAAUUUCGUGACGCAUUCCUAUUAAAUUGUUGUCACAUAGGUUAUGUUUGAACUGUCAUGCAGAAUAGUAGGUAAUAGUAUAUAGGUACAUGUAGGUAUUUUUAUAAUAAAGUUAAUCGAGAUCGAAUAUUUGAAAUCCUUUUUUUAUUUCAAUAAUACAGGUUACAAGGCGAAAUUUUAUUUUGAUUUUUACGAAAAUAAUAGAAACAUAUAUUAUAUCUCGUUUAAUGAAGAUAAAUUAAAAUAUUAAAUAUUUAAUUUUUAUAUUUCAAACAUGUUUUAUUGGUUAAGGAUGUAGUAGUAUAAAGUGUUUAAACUAACUGUAAUCUAUAAUAAUUUAUAUCUUCAACUUAGAUACUAAAAA